AUUUCGGGGUUGCUUCCGAAACAGUCUAUGUCGAGUGAAUUUUGUAGGUUUGUAUGUUUUCGGCCUCGUAAGCCUUGUAAGGCUUCAAACGGCUUUAAAGAUGAGUGAGAAUGGCUUUGGACAUUCUGAACUAAUUCACCUUGAGCUCAAAAACGGUAUGUAUAUUUUUAGGCUAUGCGUGGAAGCGAAAAAUCUCCGGCAUUUUUAGUGCUCUGUCUGUACAUAAACAAUAAGCAUAGUUGAUCGGUGCAGAAUAACUUUUGUUUUAUUUCGUUAGCGAAUUUAACAGUACACGAAGAUGAAAAAGUUGGGCUGGAGAAUUUUGAACUUCUCAAAGUACUGGGAACUGGAGGUAAACAGGAAGAAGUUUGAUUGAAUUUGAGAGAGGUUUCGUGCAGUUCUUGUGCGAACCCGUUUGUGAUUUCUAUGUGAGGUGCUUGUUGACUUACGAAAUUAUAAAUUUUCGCUUGACAGCCUAUGGAAAAGUUUUUCUCGUUCGCAAACGAGGUGGAAAUUUCUCUGGUAACCUUUACGCCAUGAAAGUCUUGAAGAAAGCCACGAUCGUUCAGAAAGCGAAGACAGCUGAGCAUACAAGAACAGAGAGACAAGUCCUAGAGGCCGUGCGAAGAUGUCCGUUUCUUGUCACAUUACAUUGGGCUUUUCAAACCGAAUCCAAGCUUCAUUUGAUUAUGGGUAUGUUUAAACACUUUUGAUGCCUUGUCCGCCAUAUGGAAAUACAACUAACCCCUCAAGAAGGCUUUUCUAUUACUUUAUUUCAUCACAACAUCAACAAAAUCAUUUUUGUCAAGCUAAACACAGAUUUCAUGCCGUUGUCACGUCUGCGAGGUAUAUAUCUGUUGUCAUUUCCUCAGGCAAUCCUGCAUCUAUGCCAUCUUUCAUUUUCAGACAAAAUUUGCAUGAUCUUUUUCCGAUCUCGAAAUAUAAUGUUUUAAUUUUCCUUGGUUGAAAUAUUACGCUGAUUUAACUUCGUUAACUGCAGAUUAUGUCAAUGGCGGCGAGUUGUUCACUCAUUUGUAUCAACGGGAGAAAUUCUCCGAAGAUGAAGUACGGAUCUACAUAGGCGAAAUCGUAAUCGCCAUCGAACAUCUUCAUAAGGUAAGUGAAACAGAAAGGCAGUUUUUUUCUUGCCGUUCUUCACCUUGGCUCCUAAGCCAACACAACCUGCUCAAUCGAAUCUGUUCACUUACACACCUAAUUUUUUUGGAGGAGUAAACCUAUUCUAAGGUGCGAAAGUCUGGAUAUUUUGGAAGCUGUUUAACAGUCGUUGAGAUUUGACACCUUUCCUGGGGCCGAUGUUACUUACACUCGACUUUGCGUGCAAGUUAUUAACUUUUUAGGCUUAUUCUUGAAAUUUCACGAUGUGUGUAGUUUGCCUAAUAAGAAUUGCGAUAUUGAUUUAUUUACAGCUCGGUAUAAUUUACCGUGACAUCAAGUUAGAGAAUAUUCUGUUGGACUCCGAUGGUCACGUCGUGAUCACAGACUUUGGAUUGAGUAAAGAGUUCUCUGCGGCUAAUUCUGUAAGAUUAUUUUUAUGUAUAUUUAUAAACUUCCGCUGAAUUUGUUUUUCAUGACAGCUUAAAAUGGCUAAUGACCUUGCAAUAUCAGUAAACAUAUUGUGGUAAUUGAUUAUUUAAAAUUGUUCCCAGGGGGAAAGAGCUUAUUCUUUUUGUGGCACCAUAGAAUACAUGGCUCCUGAAGUUGUUAAAGGUGGAAGUCGAGGCCAUGAUAAGGUAAAUGAUGAACAUUAAUAUUUAUAAAUCAUCAAACAAUAUGAGAUAUUAAUUCAUAUUCAUCAGUGAUAGUUUUAUACCAUUUUUGGCAUAAAAGGUACCCCUUUCAUACCCCUGUCAAAUCCCUAGUUUAGAACUUGGUAUCCCUUUCAACUGCUGUAAAUGCAGAUAUAAAUAAACCUUAAACCAGAAGGUUUUCUCCACAUUUUCACAGCUGUCAAAUGCACCUGUUAGUCCUUUGGGUCCUUUUUAAUGACCACAAUGACAGAUUUCCAUAUACUUCAAAUAUUGAAAUCCAUACCCCUUUCGGGCAGAGCCUCCCCCUAUAGGCCAUUAUAGGGAGUACCCCCCAGGCUCCCAACUCUCAAGGCUGGCUGUAAUUCUGUCAGUAUUAACACUGGGACCAGGGCUCCUGUUAAAAGCUCAACAGUGCAUAAUAUUCACAGUUUGUAUAAUUUAAGGCAUCAAAAAAUUUUAAACCUGGAUUGGACCAGAUCAUAUCACCCCCUGAAAAUCACUAAAUGAGUUAAAAUUUAGGAUAGGGACAAUGAUCCCAUUCUGUUUGAUCCAGGCUGACAGGCUAUAAUUUACUGUAUUAUUAAAAACAAAUCAUGUUUAAUGCGCAGGGAACCCAAGGUUCUAUAAGACUAGUGAAAUAUCCUAUUAUGUGCUAAUAUGCAUGAUCAUAAUUUUAUGCCAUGAUCAUAAGCUUGAGAAAACAGCAAAAAUUUCACAUGGCCACCACUGGUCUCCUAGCAAAAUGACGUUGUGUUGCAAGGGGAAUUUGCUCCAACCAAUCACGAGUAAGCACUUACCGAUAGCGCUCGUAAAAAAAGCAUUAAAUGCUUAAAGCAGUGCGUGUUUUUUGCCAAAAAAGUGCUAAAAUAAUGCUAAUUUUUUUAAAAAGUGCUCGUGGGUUACAUAAAAAUGCUCACUUUUUUCCAAUUUUUUUAAACAUAGAAUAUUACAUUUUUCAGAUUUUCAGUUACAUUUUUCAACAACAAAAUGGCAGAGUAGACUCUCGAGCUAUCUCUGCCCUGGCUGGCUGACUUCCAUUGCUCCUCGAUGACAACGUGGAUGACGCCAUCUUAGAACGAGUGUGGACUGGGUUUCUAGAGGGCAACCGCUAACCUAUCAAACCUAUUCCCCAGGCCUCCUCGGCUCCUUUGACUAAAAUGAGGGCAAAAUGCGGCUUUGGACGACAUAAAUAAAGUCAGAUUGUGUUUUUUAACACAAAAUUAUACAAGUAAUCAGUCGAAAAUCCAAAAUAAUGCUAGCAGUGCUUUUUGGGAUAAAACAUAAAAAAAAUGCUCGCGAAGCCAAAAAAUAACAAAAAAACUGCCAGCACUAUCGGUAAGAGCCUAAUCACGAGUACUAACCAGUCUUGGUAGUGACAUGCCAUUGGUAUGGAAUUUCAGCACUGGUUCCUCUGAUAUUGUUUCGUGCGGAAACCAGUGGUGGCUACAUGAAGUGUUGGCUGUUUUCCCAGGAAACAUGGUCAUUGAACUACAACUUUCAAGGCUGACAAUGAACAAACCCUAUCACUUAAUAGUAAAAUAAUUCAUACCAUACAGUGCCUGGGAAAAAUAUCCAUCCAAGUGACUUCUGAUAAACUGCGAAAUUCUUGUGACACAUUUUCUCAUGUUUUCUCUGUAACUGAGAGAGUGAGUCAGAGUUUGGCAUUUGAUUAGAAGUCACUUAGGGCUUUGUGCCACUCUGGGCAAACUUCUUCAAUUUUUCAAUUCAUUAGACUUUUAAUUUGAAACACUAAUUCUAUAUUGAGGAAAUAGGAUAAAGUUAAGGGUCAAGGUUAAAUCAUCCAAUAUGAUAAAAUUUUACACUACAGCUUUGAGAUCCUAGUAACAUUAUUCAAGCUUUAGCAUAACUGUUUGUUUUUUGUGUGUGUGUGUCAGGCAGUAGAUUGGUGGAGCUUAGGCGUCCUGAUGUAUGAACUGCUGACGGGUGCAUCUCCCUUCACUGUUGAUGGAGAGAAGAACAGUCAAUCUGAGAUAUCCAAGUAAGAAAGGUUCUCUCAUUAAGGGUUAGGAAUGGUAAAAUCUGAGAGUCCCUGACAGGAUUCAAACCUAUAACGUCCCAAAAAAUGAAUUGAAGCUAUAUGUACUCAACUACACAGAGACUUGUGGAUAGCAUUAUAUACGCAUUACUCACCAAGUGUGAGGUCAAGAUAGCUGGAUAUCGGCCAAGUUCUUUUUUUGCAUUUUUAUUAACCGAGACUUAAAAAAAAAAACAAGGCCAAUAUCCGGCUGUCUUAAACAAAUGAGCUUGGUCAAUAAAGGAUUUAUUUUAUGGCCAAAAAGAGAAUGUUUUCUUGCGGGACCUACAUAGGAAAUUGUGAGUGGGCAAGAUGGACCCAUCUUUCCCACUUGGGUGGCCAAUCAGAAUGCAGGAUUAUGGUCAUCUUGUCCGCUCCCAAAUAAGGCCAUAUUAUAGUAAACUAGGUUCUUAUGUGCAUAUUAUCUGCAUACUGCUCAAAUCAGCAAUGUCAGUGUAAUGUGAAUAGUGGGUACGUUUUCUCACCGUUUAAUUUUUCUUGUUCUUCAGACGCAUUCUUUACAACAGUCCCCCAAUGCCACCAGACAUUUCAUGGGAUGUAAGGGAUCUGCUUCUCAAGCUCUUACAGAAAGACCCAAAAGUACGGCUAGGAGCCAAGGGUGCUCAUGAGAUUAAAGCACAUUCUUUCUUCAAGGUAACUGCAGUGUUACGUCUUGAUCAGGCUAUGUAUUUGUGCUGUUACUGUUGCUAUAGACCAAUGACAACAGAUGAUGAUGAUGAUGAUGAUGAUGAUGAUGAUGAUGAUGAUGAUGAUGAUGAUGAUAGUCAGGGUGCGUGAUGACCAUGAUGAUAAUGAUGAUGUUGAUGAUAGUCAGACUCGUGGCUAUAAUAGUGGUGAUCUAUGGUGUUAGUGGGAUAAAUUGAAGUCAUGGGUAUUAUGCACUUUGGGAAUAUAACUGUACCUUAAAAGAUGGGGCCUGCAACCUCGUUAUGCAGAUUCCCAACACAGAUAUUUUCUCUCCUUCCUCAUCAUUAUAGUUCAAAUUCUUUUUUAACAGUCCAUAAACUGGAACCUGUUGUCCCAGAGGAAGGUAGCAGCACCCUUCAAACCACGCAUUAGGGAUGAACUGGAUGUGAGUAAUUUUGCUGAGGAGUUCACAGACAUGGUACCAACAUACUCUCCAGCUGCUGCUCCAAAGACUGCAGACAGAAUUUUCAAGGUGAGAUCAAACUAUGUUAUAAUAUUGUCAGUGCCAUCACUAGUCCACCACAAAGUAAAAACUCAUCUCACUUGGCAUGUUAGUUAACUGGUUUGAUCAAUAUUUGAUCAAAACAUGAUUGAAAACUAGUUACUUUUGGUGAAAAGCCUGCAUUAUUUUUGUUGCUAUGAUACUGUGUUGGUUGGCCUAAAUCUGGUCUUUUGUGCAAAUAAUAGUUUUUGCGUAACUAACGGCUUGCAGACCUGUCAUUGUUUUUGUGCAUGGAUCUGUCACAUGAAUGCCUGAAAACUUAGAUCAAGGCUCUCGCACUUCUGAAAUCCCUGGUUCCUCUGAAACUUAAUGCAGUUUUUCUUUCAGGGCCACAGAAAACACCUUGAACAUUUUACCUUUUGUAGUCACUCAGGACUGAAUUUAAUAAUAUUGUGUUGUUCGCAUAUCUCAGUGGGAGACAAUCAGAAUAAAGGCAUUUACAUCUUUUACAGAACAUGGUUGAAAAAAAAUUAUUAAAUCAAAUUGCCAAUGAAAACUGUUUUUACUUAAAACACUCCAGUCUUAUGGAACAUGACCUAUUAUAAACUAUUUUUAUUUUUUACCUACAGGGGUAUUCAUUUGUUGCUCCUUCAAUUAUUUUUGGUGAAAAUGAGUUUUCAAAGCGAUUUAUUGCCAACAAGCCAUCAGAAAACAGACCUGCCCCUGGUGCUGUGGACUAUGCUGCAUUGUUUGAGGUAAUGCUUGAAUUAUUGUCAAUCAAAUUAAAUGAAUGAGAAAGUUUUUUCCUUUGUGUAAAAAAUUAAAGUUGUGGGUGAAGUAUUAAUAUUACUGUUAAUCGCUGGCUUCAAAAUUCUUAUGGGUACCCAGCGACUGUUUUCUGUAAAACAUCUGUGCGGAGAAGCAAAAAUUGCCUAGAAUUUUCUAUAGCUUAUCAAGCUGAGGAAGGCUUAAAAUUUCUAGAUCACCAUUUCAUUCAGGUACAAAUUUCAAAGCUUAUCUAACAAAUUCCCUACUAUUUUCUAAAGUUUAUUUUUUUGCAUUUCACUGCUUAGGUUAAGUUAUUUUUCGUAGAAAAAGGAAACCUAAAUUUUCAGAUUCAAAAAUGCGAUGGAGAGAGGAUUAAAAAAAUUCUUCCUUUCAUAAUACUUUAAAAUGCGUGUAAAGUUUUUGGAAAAUAUUGCGAAGCCCUUGUAAUUUCGAAAAGACUCACUUGUAGCAGAUGAAAAUUUUAUGGUGCCACUUAGAAUGCAUUUCUUGAGAUCUGAAAGUAUUCUGGAUAGCCUAAAAAGUGUUUACAAUGCAUUUAGCCUAGGAGGAUUAACCGUCUUUUGGUGCCCUUGAAUUCUGGAAAGUUUUUAAAUUUGUUUCCAAGGGAGUACACUGCAAGCAGUCACUCUUUUUCUUCAGAUUUAGUGAGGGGAGUGCACAUGCGCAUGGGUGACGAGGGUGGCAGCCUCUCCUGCCUUGCACCCUCAGUCACGUACAUGGUCAUUUUCAUCUCUUGAGUGUUUUGCUCAAUGGACUAAGAAAAAAAAGAUUGCAAGUAGUCAGGUCCUUAUGUCUCGCUAGUUCAUGUUAUUUCUGCUUUUCUUCAUCCUUUCUAAUGGUCACAGUAGGCCUGGUUCAAGUAAUUCACGUGAACUUAGUUGAAUUUGGUGAAUUAAGUUUUUUAAGUAAUGUCACCUGAAUCAGUUCAAAAUGAUAUGCCUAAUUGUAUUUGGAUCUGCUGGGCAUUUCUUCAAACCUGUCUCAGCUCGGAAUAGUAGGUUACGACUGGCAUUGAUUCAUAUGCCAAACUUUACCUGAGCCAAAUCAAGUGCAUAAAUUAUUAAAAUCUAGUCCACAGAAAUGUGCAUUUUUCCCUUUUGAAUUUAGUUUGGCUGCAGGUUGCAAAGAAAGUUAGUUUUACAGCUUGCCAUUCGGGCAAGCUGUAGCUAGAAUGUUCUAGCCCAAGAGUCACUUAAUUUAUAUAGCCCAAAAAAAUUUUUUUGAUGAGCAGGAUUGAUAACAGUGAAUUCCCAAAAAACUUUACCUGCCCGUCGGGCAAGUUGAGAAAAGAAUUCACUAGCCCCGGGCUAUUGGACACCACUUUCUUUGCACACUCGGCUGGAAUAAACAUUGGUGUCUGAAUCAAUUCAGCCGGCAUUAAUUAAUAUGAGUGGGCCUAAACUCAUAUGAAGCACGGUUUCUGGACCGGCCUUACUAAGCCCUUCUGCUCCUAGACCAAGUUAUGACAGGGUGAUUCAAGUCACUGUAACCUUUUCAUCUGUGGAGUAAUUCCUGUGACUCAAAUAUGUUACAAAUUAAAAGAAAUUUGAUUUUUUGUGAAUCAUUUCCAUGGCUACUGUUAGUAUUAUAGGGAAGUGGAGUACUGUAUAAUAUCAUUGGAAAUCUUCUAGUGCAUUGUUACAUAUUAUUAAAUAAAUUCUUAUUAUAAAUUGUCAAAUUAUCUCUCAUUACAGGAUUCUCCUUUCUUUAAAAAUUAUGUCAUAAAAGAUGAAGUUCUUGGUGAUGGAAGCUUCUCUACAUGCAGGUGAGAAUUUAAACGUGAAACCUAUAAUCACUACUCCAAGCUCAACUUUUUUUCAAAGUCACGUUUUGGCAACCAAGGUAAGAUUACAAAAUGGCUCCUGGAUAUUAAAUACUGGGCACUUUCCAUUCGACCAAGACUUCCUGGUUAAUUUUCGGCAAUUUCCAGUAGUGAGUGGAACAGCAUUUUCAAAAAAUUCCAAAAAGGGGACAUCCUUGCAUGGUAUAUCCAAAUUUUCGAAAGUUUCUUCCCCAAGUUUUCUUUCUUUUGCUCCUGUUAAUGUUCACAUUUCAGAAAUUCAACUGUUCUCACACUUUCUGGAAAUUUUCCCAGGAAAUUUCUGUAUCAUUCACCACCGUUUACCCAUUCCAUGAAAUUUCUCUUUCUACUUAGAAACGGGUGAAAUUAUAUUAUCAAUUAAACAAAAAUAAUAAUAACAAAUUCCAGUGCUAAUUGUGACUUCUCUUUUAAAAGGAAAUGUGAACACAUACAGACCGGUAAAGCUUAUGCUGUUAAAGUUAUUAGUAGAAGGUAAAUAUAGUUUCAGUUUCUCAAUACCUUGUUUCUUUGUGAAAGAAUGUUACAUUACAAAAGUAUUUGUUGGUAGUGAUGUCAGUAACAAUGAUAAUUAAGAAAGAUUUAGAGUAACUAUUAUUUCUAAUGUCACAAAAAGUGGCGGAGGAAAAAGUGAGUUAUGGAUGGGAUUUGCAGCCAAUUGACUGCUUGCAGAUUAAUUUCUCAUACCUGGAGACUUCCCUUUGCAGUACUCCACCUCCCCCUCCCCCUCCCCUCCCACCCAACAACAAUUUAUUAUCCCCUGCUCAUAAACACAAACCAACCUGUCUGGGUGGGAGUCAGGAUAUUAUAAAGUCUUACAUGAAGUACAGAUUGUCAAAAUUCCCUUUUGUGACCAACUAGUCAAUGAUGAAGUAUGUUCAAAAAUGCUGCAGAAACUUAACUGCGCUAUGACUGAAAACAUUUUUGAAAAUGAGCUAAAUUUGAGACUAGUAAGUAACAGAAAAGUUAUCCAGGAGAUUUGGUGACUCCGACAGGAGACCGGGAGUGAGAUCAGGCCAUUUCCAGAGGCUUCUAGACAAAACAGGAGAGUCGUAUAGUAUAGAAAGUAGAAUGGCCUCAAGCUAAUUAAUUCAAGAAAAAUUCAUGCGAAUUACCAUGCGUUCCCCCAAAUCUCCAAUUUUAAAACGGAUUCACAGUAUUUCAUUUGAUGUCUUAAAAUAUGCUGAUCCUAGUUUUCCCAAGACAAAAAUGUCAUGCCUCUCAUUUGUCCCAAAAAAGUUGGACGGCAAGACUUCAGAUGACCACCUAAAACUGGUGAGGUCUCUCCAGCUGUAGGCCGAGACAUACAAACAGUGCACUUGUCAACUGAUUACUACUUUAUUUUUAAAAUAUAUUCAUUUGACACCUAAUAACUAGUGUUAGUUAAUUUUAUAGAACAACAUGUUUAAUAUUUUGAUUACAAUGGUAUGUGUAAAGAUUGCCGAGCAUAAUGUGGGCAAACAAAGAUGACAUUUAUAGCAUUAUUAUUAAAUAUAAUUUUAUGUUAUAUUUUUUUCAGACGUGACCACAUUCGAGAGGAGCAGUCAUUAAGGAUAUGUCAAGGACACCCCAAUAUAGUAAAGCUUCAAGAAGUGUUUCAGGAUGCUGUAAGUGCUCUUUGUAAAGUUCUGCAAUCAAGAAUCCUCAUACUUUAUAAUCUUUUAGAAGCUUUGUCCAUGUACAAAGGGUUUUGUUGUAAUAAUGUAUUCACCCAGUUUAUAUGAUUGAAGGGUAGGCUUAUCAUUGUUAUUCUUCCUGGAAAUGGACAACUUUCUUGGACCCUGGCUAAUUGCAUACUCUGCAAUGCUCAUACAAUGUUUUUCCAUGUUCCACUUUUUAUCGGGCUGCCUGUGAGGGCAACAUGCAAUUCAGAAAUGAGAAGCAAAUUCUUUCUAUGUCAAAAAAAAAGACAAAAUGGUGGACAGAACUUCCUGAAGACUUUGCAUGUCCCAUUCCCCCUUCAGUGGGGCCUAUUUUUGCUGGAAGGGGACAGGUCAUUUCUGGUCAUCUGGCAAACAGAAUUGAAAGUCGACUUGGAAUGAACACAACAUUAUUCUUUAGAGUUAUUGGCCCUAUAUCUAUGCCGAAUGAUCAUGACUAUCUAAGUACAGUAAUCGAAUGAUGUUGUUGGCCUAUGCAGGUGCUGCAGGAACAAUGUCCUCCCAUGGUCAUGGGAAAAGCUUAAAACUUAUUGCAAUUUAUUUCAUUACCAGAAAGGAAUGCUAUUUGUUGAUCACCCCGUCAAAUAGAAACAUAUUCACUUGGAUAGUAAGAAGGGCUUUUAACGCAAUUUAUCUGAAAGAAAUAAAACUGAAACUUAAUUCGCUUUUCAAAUUCUUAAGAAACAGAAAAUUAUUGUUAAAAACAAGUAUAUUAAAAGACACCAAUUGACCGUUUAUAAGUGUAGAACAGCUAUAAUGUUUGGAAUUUCCCGUUUGAUCAGAUUAGUCACAUUAGUACCAUUAUUCUACAUACUUGGCGGGAGAGGGAUGGGAUGUCUCAGUUAAAAAUAAUACCGAUCAUUUCUUGCGUCAAAAGGCUAUUUCUAUCCCAUUCCACACGUUAGGAGUAGCUAUACACCCAAACUGGUAAAAAGUGUAAUAAUAAAUUGUUAUUAUAAUCUUUACUUCCCAAAAUAAGAAACUACUGCAUCGCGCAUUCGGCAGCCUCAAAACCAGGCCCAAUAUAAUAUGGGGGUCUUGUUUAAGUUUGUUUUCAUUUAUCUCUUUCAGUUUCACACCUAUUUAGUAUUGGAAUUACUUAGUGGCGGAGAACUUCUAGAGAGAAUCCGUAAGAAGAAGAAUUUUAGUGAAGCAGAAGCAAGUAACAUCAUAAGAAAAUUAGCCUCAGCUGUGGAAUUUAUGCAUGGGAGAGGAGUUGUUCAUCGCGAUCUAAAACCUGAGGUACAUAAAGAUGCAAGUCAUCACAAUUUACCACUGUGGGAUACAAACACAUGUGAAGUACCAGCUACACAUGUAAUACCUUUUGAUCUGGAUUAACUCUACUUCUAGAAAGAAGUUAUCCCGAGAUCAUGCCCUCCCUGUUUUUUUUUUUGUUGUUUUUGUUAUUUUCACUCUCCAGCUCCCCAAAAAGGGAAAAGAGACCUCAUCACAAGUUAGAAUGAAGUAUCUAUAUCUGAGAUAUAAAAUAGAGUAUUCAAAAUGUGUCUUUUUCUCAUACAGGGUAUCAUGAUUUUAGAUAUAGAAUCCAUCUAAAACAAGUUUUAAAUAAUUAAUAUUAUUAUUUGAAGGCAUGGGUGGCAUAUACUCACCCAAACUUCAUUAAUUUCCCCUCCCACCCAACCCAGGAAAAAAUUUAACCCUUCAAACAUCAAGUAUCACUUUGCAUAUUCACUUCAUAGUGUUGUAGUAAUGAUGCACUUCGCUUUUUAAAUAAAAAUGUUUCUGCCCUUUUUCAGAACUUGUUAUUUGAGGAUAACACUGAAAAUGCUGAAUUAAAAAUUGUUGACUUUGGGUUUGCAAGACUUAAACCUGAAAAUCAACCCUUACAAACACCCUGCUUUACUGCAGCCUAUGCUGCUCCAGAGGUAAUAAGUCAGAUCUCUCUCCGAAGUGGUUAUGAUGAGUCAUGUGAUCUAUGGAGUCUUGGAGUAAUAAUGGUAAGUGAAAGAAUUCCUUGUAUUUUCGUGAUUUUCCAAACCUCAUCAUUUUGUAAAACAAAGACGUGCACUCAGGGUGAAAAUGAGGUCAGUGUUACUGCUUACCUACUGUAAAGCUGUAACCAGCAAGUACAAGCACAAGAGUCAUUUUAACAAGACCCCUAAACAUUUUGGUGAGCAGGAUUAUUAUUAUUAGUUAUCGAUUAAUUACACCUUUUGUGAAUAAUUAACUAAAGGUAAUAAAUAAGUAUUAAAACAAAUACAUUAUGAAUACUUUAUAGCAACUAAUAUAAUUUGCAGUCUGUCUACUUUGAAUUAUUAAUUACUGCACUACCUAGGUUAUUUCAUUUUUAUAGUAAUUAAAUAUUGUAAUAUUUUCAUUUUGUGGGAGCGGUUUGGGCACUUUCCAUUCAGCCCAAAAUUUUGGUUAGAAAGCUAAUGGAACGAACCAUUUGGGACUGGUCCGACUGGAAUAUUUGUAACCGCCAUUGAAGGUGGUCCAUUAUGACCAGUCUGGUCAUUUUGGUUGGCAAGACUGAAAUGUGCCUUUUCAUUUGAAAAAUUUAUUGGUGUCCCCAGCACCACUUUUUUGUAUCCUGCUUGUAAGGACAAUGAGCAAAUGCACAGUUGCUUGGGUUGGGUCCAUUUAACUGGAAAAUCCGAAAUUUUUGUUGAAUGGAAAGUGCCCCUUAUCCCAUAAGGGAUGCAGGACAGACUAUCUGGCAUUCAAGACUUGAAUGAAAUGGGUGAUAGUUGUUGGUGGAGGAAGGGGAUUGAGGAAUUUGCCACCUGUUGAUUCAUAACUGAAAGUGGUACAGUCUGUUAAUUUAAGUGCACUCUAAUGGGACCCAAACAACCCACUACUUAUAUCAAGGCACCCAAAAAUCAUUUGCCAAAUUUUUCUGCCCCAAAAAAUCUGGAAUGGAAAAUUUGAAACCGAAAAAAUCCAUUGAUCAUCCUCUUCACUAAAACUUGACUCCUAAUAAUGAACUGCUUGAUAUUUACAGUACACAAUGCUAUCUGGGCAGGUGCCAUUCCAGAGUAGUAACAGUUUUAGAUCUUCAGACUUAAUAAUGCAAAGAAUCACGCAUGGAGACAUCAGAUUUGAAGGACCUCAGUGGGAGUCUAUAUCCCCAGCAGCAAAGGACCUCAUCAAAGGUAUUAUAUAGCGGCAUAAAGGCUAGCUGAAAAUGGUGCAAUUUUGCAUUGGUGUCCCUGUUUUAUAACGUGUCAUUGUCGCCCAUUAGAUAAAGCCUCUUAAGCUUUUUUAAGUGAAAGUAUUUGACAGAAAUAAAUGUGAUAUUGUCCUUGAAUUUCAUUUUCAAAAAGGAAUUAUGAAGUGAAAGGAGGAGAAGACAAGACUGUCUCUUUUGCACUACCCCCUUCCCCAACAUCAAUCCCCAUUGUUUUUAAACACAAAUUUACUCAGUCCUCAAAGUAUAAUGCAGGACAGGACAUUAUGACGUACUCUUACAUGAGUAUAGACCAUCAAAAUUAGUCAAAAAUUAAUAGUCUUCUCAGUGUUAUUGCCACAGAAUUGAAACCGUACUAUGGCAGAUUUUUUUUUUGUUAAUUUUGGGGAGAAAUGGGUUAGAUUAAUUUUGAAACUAAAGAACAGAAAAGCUCAAAAUUCCAUUUUAUCCAUGAUUUUUGGUGACCCAUAUUGGAGACCAAGAGAUUUGUGCCGUAUUUGGGAGAGUUAAGGAGGGAUUAAGAGAAGGGAUUGAUGCGGCAGGACUCAACCAGAAAAAUAUACCACCCAUGAAAGGUGUCUUGAAUGUUGAUAAAUUGAGCAUCAAACUCAGCAGACUUAACCAUUUCUUAAAACCUUUUUCUCUUAGGACUGUUAACCGUGGAUCCAAGCCAGAGAUUAAAAGUCAGGGAAGUUUUGUAUCAUGAGUGGUUACGAGGGAGUGCGUGUCUCCCACACACCCCGCUAAUGACACCUGGAAUUCUAGGUAAAGGACACAAAAGGACUUAUGUCGAUGCUGCUCUGAAUGUGACAUAUGACGCAUUUAACAGAGCACAUAAAGAAGGAUUCACAUUAAUGGAUGUUCAACAAGCUCCACUUGCUAAGCGACGGAAAAAGAACAAGACAACUUCCACGGACAGUAGAUCUACAACGAGUAGUGAUCACAGUAACAGUGGAGGAACAUCACCAUUACUUAACCAAAGGUGA